UAAGUCCAGGCUGGCGCGCGAGCCUCCGUGUGCAUGCAUGCGGCGACUCUUGCACGCGACCAAAUAUGGAUGAAGGGCCAGUUGAAUUCCUGUCGAAUACUCGGACAUUCCUAACGGCUGUCUGGAGAGACAGAGAGCUGGUGGUAUGGAGGAGAGGGUGUGUAUAUAAGGACCCCGGUGGUCCCUGUAUGUCACCCCCACACUGAGCUGGAACCAGCAGCGGUUAUCCCUGAACUUAUAGCCGGAGACAAGCAGAGAACCUGCAAGCAUGUGUGACGAUGAUGAGACCACCGCCCUUGUGUGUGACAACGGCUCUGGUUUGGUGAAGGCUGGCUUUGCUGGAGACGAUGCCCCCCGAGCUGUGUUCCCCUCCAUUGUCGGCCGCCCCCGUCACCAGGGUGUGAUGGUCGGUAUGGGUCAGAAAGACUCCUACGUGGGUGACGAGGCUCAGAGCAAGAGGGGCAUUCUGACCCUGAAGUACCCCAUCGAACAUGGAAUCAUCACUAACUGGGACGACAUGGAGAAGAUCUGGCACCACACCUUCUACAACGAGCUGCGCGUGGCGCCAGAGGAGCACCCCACCCUCCUGACAGAGGCCCCCCUCAACCCCAAAGCCAACAGAGAGAAGAUGACCCAGAUCAUGUUUGAAACCUUCAAUGUCCCCGCCAUGUACGUGGCCAUCCAGGCUGUGCUGUCCCUCUACGCCUCUGGCCGUACCACGGGUAUUGUUCUGGACUCUGGCGACGGCGUGACCCACAACGUGCCCAUCUAUGAGGGCUACGCUCUGCCUCACGCCAUCAUGCGUCUGGACCUGGCAGGUCGUGACCUGACCGACUACCUGAUGAAGAUCCUGACUGAGCGUGGCUACUCCUUCGUCACAACAGCUGAGCGUGAGAUUGUGCGCGACAUCAAGGAGAAGCUCUGUUAUGUUGCUCUGGACUUUGAGAAUGAGAUGGCCACUGCUGCUUCUUCCUCCUCCCUGGAGAAGAGCUACGAGCUGCCUGACGGUCAAGUCAUCACCAUUGGCAACGAGCGUUUUCGUUGUCCUGAGACCCUGUUUCAGCCCUCCUUCAUCGGUAUGGAGUCUGCUGGGAUCCAUGAAACAGCCUACAACAGCAUCAUGAAGUGUGACAUUGACAUCCGUAAGGACCUGUACGCCAACAACGUGCUGUCUGGGGGAACCACCAUGUACCCGGGUAUCGCUGACCGCAUGCAGAAGGAGAUUACAGCUCUGGCUCCCAGCACCAUGAAGAUCAAGAUCAUCGCUCCACCUGAGCGUAAAUACUCCGUCUGGAUUGGUGGCUCCAUCCUGGCCUCCCUCUCCACCUUCCAGCAGAUGUGGAUCAGCAAGCAGGAGUACGAUGAAGCCGGUCCCAGCAUCGUCCAUCGCAAAUGCUUCUAGAAACGGUUCCUCCACAAACCGCUGGAUCUGCAGCAGUAAGACAUGAUCCCAGAACUCUGACCCAACAUCAUCUCAGAGCGAGAUGUUUGUUUUCCACCAGCAGGGAUCACGUGAUGCUUCACCUGUACAGAACUUAUUUAUUCCUUCUUGUAUAAAUGUGAUGUUUUGAGUGUGAAUGAAGUUCAACGUGUGUGUAUGUGAGUGUUUUAAAGGUACGACACUCCAGCUCUGACCAGCUCAAUGAAUAGAAAAAAGACCAAAAAUGAAUCAUCAUAUCAAAUAAAAGCCAUGUAAAAUAAUCCACCUCUGUUGUGUUUUACUUUUAUUUCUGAAUGUAAAGACUUUUAAAUAAAUUUGAUAU